CCUACAUCUAUUCUUCGGCUAUUGACAACCUCUCCCUUUUCAGUUUGCAUGACUGGAGCUCUCACUAGCGCUGCUAGUGGACAAUCAAACCUACACACCCACCUCCAGACUCGCAUUUCUCAUUUCUUGCUUCUAGUCUAAAUUAGAUAGCAAGACGUAGUGUCGGAGCUCACAGAUCGCGCACAGUUAGUUUCACGUAUUAGCGGUAGUUAAACAGUAAAUCUUGAAUUCAACAUGGAGUCCCCUCCAGAUCCAGCGAGCGACCCGGGCAACAGCGCCUCGGAGCCGGCUACCCCGGUCAGGGAAACCCCGGUAAACCUGGAGACGCUCCGGAAAGCGGACCAUCCAGCCCCGGUUCGAAGGCAGACCUGUUCAAGCACCAACAGAGGUAUCUCAGUUACAAAGAAGACACAUACCUCUCAAAUCGAAAUAAUUCCCUGCAAGAUCUGUGGAGACAAAUCAUCAGGCAUCCAUUACGGCGUGAUAACAUGUGAGGGCUGUAAGGGUUUCUUCAGGAGGAGUCAGCAGAGCAAUGCGGCCUAUUCCUGUCCACGUCAGAAGAACUGCCUGAUUGACCGCACCAGCCGCAACCGCUGCCAGCACUGCCGGCUGCAGAAAUGCCUGGCAGUGGGCAUGUCACGAGAUGCGGUGAAGUUUGGCCGUAUGUCGAAGAAGCAGCGAGACAGCCUGUACGCUGAGGUCCAGAAGCACCGGCUGCAGCAGCAGCAGCGCGACCACCAACAGCAGCCUGGAGAGGCAGAGCCACUCACACCUAGCUACGGCCUGUCAGCCAAUGGCCUCACAGAGCUCCAUGACGACCUCAGCGGCUACAUGGAUGGUCACACCCCUGAUGGCACCAAACCAGACUCGGCGGUCAGCAGCUUCUACCUGGACAUCCAGCCAUCUCCUGAUCAGUCAGGCCUGGACAUCAACGGCAUCAAGCCAGAGCCCAUCUGCGACUUUGCCCCCGGCUCUGGCUUCUUCCCUUACUGCUCUUUCACCAACGGAGAAACCUCCCCCACUGUGUCCAUGGCUGAACUAGAGCACUUGGCCCAAAACAUCUCCAAGUCGCACAUGGAGACAUGUCAGUACCUGAGGGAGGAGCUGCAGCAGAUGACCUGGCAGGCCUUCCUGCAGGAAGAGGUGGAGACCUACCAGAGCAAGCCCCGGGAAGUCAUGUGGCAGCUGUGUGCUAUCAAAAUAACAGAGGCCAUUCAGUAUGUGGUGGAGUUCGCCAAGCGCAUCGAUGGCUUCAUGGAGCUGUGUCAGAACGAUCAGAUAGUGCUGCUGAAAGCAGGCUCUUUGGAAGUUGUGUUUGUCAGAAUGUGCCGUGCCUUUGACUCACAAAACAACACAGUCUAUUUUGAUGGAAAAUAUGCCGGACCUGAUGUGUUCAAGUCAUUAGGCUGUGACGACUUGAUCAGCUCCGUCUUCGAGUUUGGAAAAAACUUGUGUUCUAUGCACCUGUCUGAGGAUGAGAUCGCCCUGUUCUCUGCCUUUGUGUUGAUGUCUGCUGACCGGUCCUGGCUCCAGGAGAAGGUGAAGGUGGAGAAACUUCAGCAGAAGAUCCAACUGGCCCUUCAGCACGUCCUGCAGAAGAACCACAGAGAGGAUGGUAUACUUACAAAGUUGAUAUGCAAAGUGUCAACACUGCGAGCGCUGUGCAGUAGGCAUACAGAGAAGCUUACAGCUUUCAAAGCAAUAUACCCAGACAUUGUACGUGCCCACUUCCCCCCCUUAUACAAGGAGCUGUUCGGAUCAGACUUUGAGCAGUCCAUGCCCAUUGACGGGUAGCAGCCCAGCCAGGUGCCAGUGUGCCCACCGUAGGGGAAUGUGGAGGAGGAUUCUGAGACACUUUAUUGGUGCCCUGCACAAACCAGAGUGGACAGGUGGCACAAUGUUCAACUUCUUCUUUUACAAUGGAGGGGAGGGCUUAGAGAGUUGAUUCUCAAGGUUUACUUUAUUGAAUUUUGUUUCAUUUGGAAGACUUGUGGGACCUGACUCCCCAUGGGACAUGAAGAAGCGAUAGCGAUGAAUAAUUUCUGUCUGGUUGAAUUUGACCUUUUUGUGCACAUUUCUUACAUGGAGCUCAAAAAACUCAUUUUGCCUGUUCAGUAAUUUUCACCAGUAUGUAUUGCAUCACUAUUAAUAUCAUUUAUUUGUACAUCUGGCUCAUAUAAACAAUUAAUGAGCUUUUUGUUGUUGAAAUAUCCGAGGACUUCAAUUCAAUUAGAAGCUAAAAUCCACAUCAGUAUUAUUUUUCAAAAAACAGUUCAUUAUUUUCAUUUUCAAAAUUUUAAAUUGUGCUAUCCCUAUUCCUUUCAUACACUUAAUCCUCAAGCUGAAAUAAACAGCUGAAAAAUGCGCACACUUUGGUCAAGUUCUGCCAUUUUUCUCUUGUGUUCGGUCUUUCGAGCACAGUGGUUCGAAUGAAAACUCACACCGACUCAGAGGGAGGGUCCAUCGGCAUACUGAUGCAAUCGACACCUCUCUCCGGACAAUCGUUUAAAAGAAAGAGAAAAAAAGAACCUUAGAAUUCUGGUAAUUCUAAUGAAAACAUGAUGAUUUUAGCUGUCAAAGACUCCAUCCAUCCACCAUUGUUGCAUAGUGAAAUCAUGUAAGGCCACCUCUUAUUAAUCCUUCUCUGGAUAGGUGCCCUGGAGAAGCACAGAGCACCAACACAAUGAAAAGGGUCCAUUCCACCUGUUUUAUAAUGUACUACAGGGUAUAUGGUCAUAAGUACUUACUAUACAGAAAAAAGUAAUGUUUAUAGAAUCUAUUUUAAAUAACAUGUAUGAUAUUAGUAGUUAGACCAUUCUUAAUUGUUGAAUUGAUAAGGCACUUUUAUUUACACCGUUCUUUAAUUUAAGACUUGUAUAUUUACCUAGUGAUGUGUUGCAUGUGCACAAGAAAUUCAAGUUGAACCAUGGUCUCAGAGGCUAGUCCUGGGAGCUGCAGAUGAUACUGGAAGUCAGGAAGUGUAAGGGCUGUCUGUUAGGAUGGCUGGCGUGGCUGCUUGUCGGCGAACAAAGAGGCAUGGUUGAGAAGGCAGGUUAGAGACGCUGCCUGCGUGACACCUGUCAAAAAUAUUUUAGCGAGUUUGCACACAUACAAAAACAACCAACAACCCUUGUAUUGAUAAUACCUGGAAUGCUUAACACUUGUUUGAACCUUUUUAAAAUACAACAGAACAGAGAUGUAGGUUGAAAUAUCUGAAGUACACUUACUUUAAUAUUUUUUAAUAUUAGUUCCUAAAUAUUUGCUAUUUUUACUGUGAAAAACCUCAUGUAUUUUGUCGAAAAAGCCACAAGAAAACAACAUUGAAUAGCCUCUGGUUGAACUGGAAACAUCACAUAUUGACUGUAAUCCGAUUGUUCCACCUAGUGGAAGGUAAAGAUACAGCAAGCAACAUGACAGCCUACUGACCAUGAUACAAGAGCUCAGCUAAAAGCACAUGUAUGAGCCUCUCUCAAAUUGUUUUUAGUUGUCUCUGUGCAACUGCCUUCUCGCCACAGUCUCAGCCCGGUAGUGCCACAGCAGGACACAAUAAAAACAAUGAAUGGAAAGUGAAUAGUCAAAGCCUUGUCUGGUAGUAAAGCUUCUAUUUUUGUAACAUGUUUGAUUAUUAAACUCAUGAAAGAGAAUGAGGGAGAGAAAAAGAUGUCAGGUAGCACUUAACUGUAUUCCCGCAAUAAUUAGACUAGCUGUUGUUUGUGUGAUUAGGGGAGAAAACAAAACAAAACAAAAAAAUGGUAGGACAAGUGCUAUUUUCAGAAUGCUAUGUCGUUGUGCUUCUGUUUUGUUGAAUGUGUCUUUCUUGUCAGUGUGGUAGUAAAGUGGUAGAAAAAACCCUGGAUGUGCCAAACGGUAGUCGUUGCUUCCGCUUUCCAGUCUACUCACCUGUAAUGUAGAAUGGAUUCCUAAGACAUUCCAGCAAUCUCAGUAGCAAUUUCUAGAAAUAUCUUUAAAAUAGAGCAAAAAAAGAGAAAGAAAGGAAAAGAAAACAUCAUAUCCCUUUAGAAAUCCAACAAAGCAUGUUAACACAUCUGUCACCAACCAUAACAUAGCAUCCAGUUGUUUGUCUUUUGUUUUCUGUUUGCACACUAUCAUUCCUCUGCCGUGCAAUUUGCACAAGGCGUUAAUGCUUUGUGCUGUCACCCCUCAGGGAAGAAUUUCUUUUGCGUUUUUUGUUUAGGAGGACAUUUGUUUGUACUCAUCGCUUUUAGUUUAUGAUUAUGUUCAGGGAUGUUCCAUGAGAAAUGGUAGAGAUUAACAUUUGAAUAUUCAUCACUGAGUUGUUCGGAAUUUUACAAUACUGAUACCUUAAGGGGUCUUCAGCCACUCAAAGCCCACUGCACUCUAUAGUAACAGCAACAACAAAAAACCAUGUCAUUUGUAAAAAUAGCAAACCCCAUCACGUUUACAAUCCACAGUUUUAUCAGCACACAGCAUAUUCCUGUCACCCAAACAAUCAGUUUUGGUUUCAAAUGGUGUCAUCAGGGUCUUUAAAAAUGAUCACCCUCUUUGUUAGAAAAAACCAAAUAUUUGUAUGCAAUACUCAAUCUGUUGUGUUUGGGUUGUGGUAGAAAUGCUGUACCUAAGUAAUAAUCUCUGUUAUGAUCCAAUGCUAUUUGGAUAUGCACAAGCCCUCUAUGACUAACAAACCUCAGUCUCCCAGCAAAAGAAACAGUCUGGAACACUGCUAGACAAUCCAGGUUGAGAGGCCCAGUGGCCUGGCGAGAGCAGCAAAGAGGAUGAGGUGUGACCGCUCAGGGAGGUAACAGGUAGACCGAAAAAGCCACUCGCUUUCCUCUGGACAGUUGUACAGCAUUUGAUUAGCUCUUUUGUGAAUAUAUGAGGUCUUUAAAAUCUCUUGAUAGCAUGAUAGCACUCAGUGGAUAAGAGGAGGCUGAAUAUUUUGGCAUAGCACACUAAAGAUGCAGUACAGCAGAAAAUAAUGAAGAGAUACAGAUCUGGCUGAUUUUCUGUUUUUUUUUUUUUGGGAAAAAAACCUUGUUUUGUUUCUUAAAAACCUUCGGUUAUCUUAAGCUGAAUCUUAUUUAAUGGCCAAAUAAAACAACUUAGUAUUUUGUUGAAUUUGAUCAGUUAAGGUUCUUUGUCAUAAAUAAAUAAAAUGUGUUCUUUUUUUAUUAUUAUUAUUCUAGUCUAAAUAUUUGAGUGGCUUGAAAUAUUUUUGACAAUAUAAAACAAGCAAUUAUAAAACAAGCAAUAUGCCUUGUGUUGCAAUUACGGGUCUCCACAGUGCAGUCAUCUUUUUGAUUUGACUUUAUUCAUACAGUCUACACUCUCAGUCCAGAACAAAAAGUAUUUUAGCCCCAUGACUCGUUUUUCAUCCUCUUAUGUACUGGUGUGGUUUGCGAUAUUGGCACAAUAGCAAAAAAAUGGCCAUCAAACACAUGAAUACUUGUGUCCAACUAUAAACUGCACCUUCACACAAGCCUGUAAAGUGAUGUCCUUCUGUAUAUUUUCACUUGAGAUAUCCCAGUUUAAGUAAGGGAUCGACGCUAAGUGUGCUAUUCAAUCAGUGUAUAGUAUACAGUAACAUGUGCUGGUCCUUCUGUCUCUGCUCUGUUGUCUGUUUGUAAAAAGCAAUAGUGCGUGUGUGUGUGUGUGCGUGUAUGUAUAUGUUUGGUCUCACAGUGUGUGAAUGUGAUAAACCCCAGACAAGGCUUUAAUAAUUACAGAGGAACAGGGCAAUGUGGAAGAGGAGGUCUUGACUUUGCUUUGGACUUUUUUUUUUACAAAAAGGUUUUGGAAAUGCUGAGCUUGAUCCAUCCAUAAUAGGUGUAAGUUUCAAAAGCAUGACAUAAUGCCUUCAACAAUUCAUGGGUCUGCCGAAUGCUGUGAGGUAACUCUGACCAGUUUCGCAGGGAAAACAUCCUUCGCUAUCGGCCUCGGACAGCCGCAGCCUAAGCUGAAAUGAAUUCUGGACUGUAAAUUCUGAAAACGAGUCUUCUUGACCAUAAAUUGUGAGGAUCAGCGUUAUGUCACGCUUAAAGUUGUACUGGAGUAUCGGCGUGUUACCCAGAAUUAUGAGUCAGUCAUCACAUUUUAACAGAACUCAUUUUCCAAAGCACAGCUUAUAAGGAUUUAUGAUUAAAAAUAUGUUUAAGAAUAUAGUUUAAAAAAUGAAAAAGCAACUUUUAGCCAUAAUCGAAUGUCAAGCAAUAAUAUAUGUCUGUGUAUUAUUUUUUUGAUUCUUUUGUGCAUAAUAGUCAUUGAACAUCUGCAUGUAAAUACACCUCUUAUUUAUCAUGUUUUUUGGUUUUAUUUCUUGUUGAUUUUGUGGAUGUGUCAUCUGUAUAUUUGACCAGUUCUGUUCCCAGGUGGAGAACUAGGAACUUGACCUGUAUGCUGUACCUGUAUAUCUUAUUUUCUCACUUGUUCUCUCUCCCUCAUUCUCUGCAGUUUAUUCACCAUAUUUAAUGUUAUUAUUGAUCACAUGUAUAAAGGUAGCUUUGUAACUUCUGUCUGUAUAGGUAAGAGGAAAAUACUGCUACUAAGGCCUACCCAGUGGAAAUAUUUAUGUGUUUAUCAAUUACACCAUAUUGUACGAUAACUCUGUUUCUAGUUUGCUUCCCUCCUUUAGGAUUAGUUUGAUAGAGAUAGGGUGUGCUGACCUUUAUUUUGUGUUGCCCUGAUGUGUGGUGCUAGGUAAGUUAAUUUUGUGAACAAAAGUACUGAUUCCUAAGCCUGGCCACCCUAUUAGUCCAUUCAUUUCAUUGCAUAUUAACGUAUUAUUGAUAUUAGGAUGCAAUAAAUAAUAAUAAUGAUAAUUAAAAUGAUAGUGGUAAAAUUACCCAGCCAGUACCUGUAUCAGUGUGCUAGUCUUGGGAUAAGGCACUUAUUUCCUUCUGACUUAUAGCAAACCUAGUAUCUGCUAAUUAACAAGCUAUUUAAGGUUGUUUUUCUGAUUUGUGGAAACAUGAUAAUAUUCAAACUGAAACAGCAGUAUUGUGUUUUGUUGUUUUUCUGAUUGUAAAAACCACUCACUGAGGCUAUAGUUUGUCAGGUUUUAAGAUACUAAAUAUUUACCUCUCUUGUGUCUGCAUAGUUCUUCACCUGAUGCAGGGAUGUGGUGCUUGAAUUUCAUUUAACAGAGCCUCAGUAUGCUUUUGUUAUUCCCCAUUUUAGACCAUCCCGAAACAGCGGUUUCUUCAGACCAGUGGCAUAAAUGUAUAACGUGUUACAAAUGUACAUGGAAGGAUUUCCAUUUGAGGACAAAAUUGACCUUUUCUCUUCACUCUGUAGCAAAUAUCAGUAAGAAUAUGCUCGCAAUAAUACACAGCGUAUCACACUGAGUGCCUCUCGGUGUAACAAGAUGCAUACAUGCUUUUGAUUGUCUUUUUUUUGUGGUUUUCCAGAUGUACUGAAGUGACAAUGUAUUUUGUACAUGAGGAUGAAUUCUCACUCUCACAUACUUCAGAUGUUUCAGAUUCUUUAUGUGUUGUUGAUCAUUUUCACGUGGAUUAAUGCACUAUGUUAAAGGGUUUCGAUGUGUAAGCAGCCUGUUUAGACUGUACAGUACGUCACCCCGCACCUUGUUUGACAAACUGGGAACUUUGUUCUGUGUUGAUCUUGAAUUAUCAAAUAAAUUCUUGCAGAUAAUAUUACAGAAAAAUUCAUCUGCAUAUUUUUUCUCAGUUUGGCAAAAGUAAUAGGUAAUCCACAUUUCUUCAUGUUCUCUUAGUUUUUUUUUUUUUUUAAUUCCACUAAGAACAGAAGAUUUACGAAUGCAUUGUAUAUCAAGUAUAUGUGUGUCUGAAAAAGAGGCAUUCAACACAAUAGGAUUUCUUUUAUGGUCUGUGUUCAUUGUGUGCUCAGUUGAUUAGGGUGAACUAACAUGAAGGGUGGGCAGAGCAAAGGUGGAUUUCUUUUCCACGCAAAAGCAGUACAAAUUAUGGGCAAGCCGAAACUAGUGUGUGGUUGUCACAAAUUUCUAAGUCACACAUUUGCUACUGAUGUUAAAAUGGGGACAAAUGAUCAUUUACCUUUUUAUCCAGCUCUUUUGAACUCUCUUUAGCUGGUAGUCUAUUCACAAAUGUAGUUUUGCUCCUUGUUGUCUGAUUCUUAAAUCUGAAAAUAAGUAUUUUGAUUCAUUUUGUAAAUACAGCUGUAAAGAAAAAUAAGAAAUUUAAUGUUGUCUUUUAAAUACUUUUCAUUCUAAUAUGAAUGUUGUUAUAUUG